AGACAGGAAGAGGCGGAGCGCCCGCUGCAGCCCAGCCCAGCGCGGCCCGGGAGGACACGGCGGAGGCCCCGUGGACGCCCGGUGACCCUCGGCUGCCGGCGACCCGAGCCCAUGGCCCCCGCGUCGGCUCCGACCUCCCUGGCCGUCAGGGCCUCCAGCCCGGCCGCCGUGCCCAGCUCGUAUGGGGCUUUCUGCAAGGGGCUCUCUCGUACUCUCCUGGCCUUCUUCGAGCUGGCCUGGCAGCUGCGCAUGAACUUCCCCUACUUCUACGUCGCGGGCUCCGUGAUCCUCAACAUCCGCUUGCAGGUACACAUUUAAA